GUCAUAACACUUUACAAAACAAAUUUCCAUUCACAAGUUUUCUCCCUUUCAUCUCCCUUUCUUUUUAGCAUCCUUGAUUUGUCCCCCACAAUUAUUAUUUAUAGCCACCACCACCACCACACUACCACCACAACAACCACCAAUGGCCACUCAUUACCACCUUAUAAUCUCUACUCUCAUUAUACUAUCCAAUAUCUUACCAUCACACCAAGACCACUUUGCCACCACACCACCAUUGCCAAUCUUACCCCUCCCCUCAUACUCCCAACUCAAAUGGCAACAAAGAGAGAUCAUUUUCUUCCAUCAUUUUGGUGUCAACACAUUUACGGAUUCCGAAUGGGGCACCGGAAAGGAAAGCCCAAAAAUCUUUAACCCAAAAGGGCUUAACACGACCCAAUGGGUCGAUGUGGCGGUCCAAAUGGGGGUCUCGCUCUCCAUUUUGACCGCUAAACACCAUGAUGGGUUUUGCCUUUGGCCUUCCAAGUAUACGGACCACUCGGUCAUUGGAAGCCCGUUGCAAGACGGGCAUGGCGAUGUUGUGAAAGAGUUCGCGGAUGCCGCAAGGGCCGGAGGAGUGGAUAUAGGACUCUACCUUUCUCCAUGGGAUCGCCAUGAUUAUAGAUAUGGGAAAACUAUAGCUUACAAUGAAUAUUACAUGGGACAACUACAAGAACUACUCAACAAAUAUGGAAGUGUGAGUGAGAUAUGGUUUGAUGGAGCAAAAGGUCCAAAUGCACCAAAUAUGACAUACUUUUUUAGUGAUUGGUUUGCAAUGGUGGGGGAGUUACAAAGCACCAUCAACAUAUUUUCCGACGCCGGUCCCGGAGUCCGGUGGGUCGGAAAUGAAAAGGGGUUUGCCGGAACUACAUGUUGGUCCACUAUCAAUAAGACAGCUUUAUCUAUUGGCAAUGAAAGCAUCGUCGACUAUCUUGCCACCGGCGAUCCAAAAGGAACCGAUUGGCUACCAGCCGAAUGUGACGUCUCAAUACGACCAGGAUGGUUUUGGCACAAAUCCGAAUCACCUAAAAAACUCAGCGAACUCCUCCAAAUCUACUACAACUCAGUAGGCCGAAACUGCGUAUUAUUACUCAACGUUCCACCAAACACCACGGGAUUAAUCUCCACGAACGACAUUCAACGUUUAAAAGAAUUUAAAUCCGCACUCGAAACAAUUUUUUCAAAAAAUCUAGCCCAAUCAUGCAAUGUGAAAGCAAGUAGUAUAAGGGGAGGGAAAGACAGUGGAUAUGGGCCAGAAUUGGUUUUAGACAAUGAUCAUUUGUGGACCUAUUGGGCCCCUAAUGAUAAUGGUAAAAAUGAGCAUUGGAUUGAAAUCAUGGCCACAAAUAAAUUAUUGAAAUUUAAUGUUGUGAGGAUCCAAGAGGCUAUUGGGCUGGGCCAGAGGAUUAGAAAGCAUGAAGUGUAUGUUGAUGGAAACCGGGUUGCGAAAGGGACUACGGUCGGGUAUAAGAAGCUUCAUAGGCUUGAAAAUGGAGUUGUGAGCGGGCAUCGUGUGAGGAUUCGGAUUCUUGGUUCGUCAAGUGUUCCUUUGAUAUCUUCUGUUGGACUUCACUUUGAUCCGUUUUGGCAUCCAGUUGGAGAUAAAAACAACUUGUGAUUGCAUGUUUUUGUUAUUUAAUUUGUCAAUAUAUCAAUCAUAUUUUGUCAAUCUAUAAAAAGGUUUUUUUUUUUAAUCUUGAA